CACGAGGGGGUUGCAGUUGGCCCUCUAACUUAGCUGUAUGUGAGUGUAGACAGUUAUAAAAUAAGGAUGGCCGAUGACAACACGUGCCGAGUUCUCUCCAUACAGAGUUCUGUAGUUUACGGGUAUGUGGGGAACAAGAGUGCCUCGUUUCCUUUGCAGCUUCUGGGAUUUGACGUUAGCCCGAUUAACUCUGUCCAGUUCUCAAAUCAUACAGGUUAUAAAACGUUUAAAGGCCAAGUUCUUCACUCAGGGGAAGUAUCCAAUCUGUAUGAGGGACUUAAGCUCAAUGGCUUACCAAAAUUUUCUCACAUUCUUACAGGAUACAUUGGCUCCAGUUCAUUCCUAGAGAAAGUCAGUGAAAUUGUGUUGGACUUGCGGAAACAUAAUCCAAACCUGAUAUUUGCAUGUGACCCUGUUAUGGGAGACAAUGGAAAACUAUACGUAAAGCCUGAGUUGUUACCAGUGUACAGAGAUAAGGUGGUGCCCCUGGCAGACAUUGUCACACCCAAUCAGUUUGAGGCAGAAUUGUUGUCUGGGGUGAAAAUUACAUCAGAGGCUGAGGCCUUGUUAGCCAUGGAGAAACUUCAUCAGUGUGGGCCGAAGACCGUAGUGCUGUCGAGUACUAACCUGGGAAGUGAAGGACAUCUGCUAUGUAUGGCCAGCUCUGUCAGGAAUGGCAAACGUGAAUGUUACAAAUUACAGUUCCCAUCGUUACCAGUGUACUUCAGCGGAACGGGAGACUUGUUCUCUGCCUUACUCCUGGCAUGGCUGCAGAGAGAUGAUGACUUGAAGCUUGCUCUGGAGAAGACAGUUGCUUGUGUACAGGCAGUUCUGAAGAGGACGAUGGAGUAUGCGCAAGCCCAACACAAGAACGAUGAAGCAUUAUCUAAACCCUCCCCAGAUUCCAUGGAGCUCAGACUGGUCCAAAGUAAAACUGACAUAGAAAAUCCAACAAUAGUCUACAAGGCCUCAAGCAUUCCUCUUUGA